CAACCAAAGGGGGCGGGAUAUGGCUCGGAGAGGGAGCGUGUGGUUUCCAAGGACACCGUUGAUAGCAAACUGCCGGUGAAAGUUUUGAAAUAGAAAAGAAACUUGAAAUACACGAAUAUCCCAGCCGGUGCUAUGGGGGUAUCACUGACCAGGGCAGCCCAGUGGACCACGGCCAGCACUGGUACUGGCAAACUGGAGGUCACACCAAUGAAUGAGUCCUUGUUGAAAGAAAUCCUGUGCUUUGUGGAGCAGUUCAGCUCCAAACACCCACAGGAGGCAGAGCAUGUGUUCGAGGAGCCGCUCCAGUGGAGUACCACUUUAGUGGCAUCUGAUUUCAAAACAGACUAUGACAUCAGUGACUCAGAUGUACAGUCCCACGAGAAAGACAGUGGAGGGCAUCCACUGUUGCAGCUCUCCCCUCCUACUGUUUAUGUACGCAGCUUCAGCCAGCUCUCUAACCUAGUUCAUCUGGCAGAUGAUAAGCUGGAGGAGGUUCGAAAAUGUCUAGAAGAAAAUAGAGACCCUGUGGUUAAGAUUCUUGGUCCGAGCUUUGCCAGCAUCCUGGAGAAGGAAGACCAUACUGAUGUACUAAGUCUGGUAGACAAAGUGCAAGGGGAAGAUAAUAGCAAGGAUUCAGAGGUCAAGGUCAAGCUGUUCCUUUUGCUACAAAAUAUGGAUAACCAGCUCCUCAGCAAGUGUCUCAAAGAGAUAUCCGGACAAGUCAGGCUCGACCACACUGCAGUGAAGAAUGAAGUGGAGUUGUUGAAACGAUUCUGCAGUGAAGGGGAAAAUAGGGUGUUGAAGUCGGUUCGAUACACAUCAGAUUAUGAAUUUUCAAAUGGAUGUCGCGCCCCUCCGUGGAGACAGGUGCAUGGGGAGAUUUGUUACCUUGUUAUUGAGCCUUGUGACUCUGAGACCUUGUACAUCACCUGCAGCACCGCUGGACUUUUUCUCAAUGGGUGCAUAAAACAGGAGGGGGAGGAGAGUGGUUAUGAGCGAACAAGUGAUAUGUACAAAGACCUGGUAACACUUCUGAAGAGCAGAUCUCCACAUUUUGCUGAGAACAUAAACAAGCAGGAUUUUGCAGUUCAAGAACUUCCAUCAACACAAAAGAUCCAGCAUGUGGAAUCGGUUGAUGCAGAGGAACAAGGCCAACCCCAGAGGUCUUACGAGCAACAGGAAAAGAAUGUGCAUGAGAAGGCGAGACAACAGCAUACGCCGAACAAGGCAGGCGGCAAGAAGAAAUAUGAACCGUGUCCGAGAUGGAAGAAUCUUGGUCUCAUGUCUCCAUGUGGUAAAGCAGAGGAAAAGAAACCCAGUAAGAGCUCUGGAGAGAAGUCUGGUGAAAUACAGAAGAAAAAGCUGGGAAUAGGAGCCAAGAGCAAGAUGAAAGCAGAAUUCUCUGUGUCCUCUUUACCUGAACGCCUGUCCUCCCAGAAAAUUAAGACCCCAGCAGGAGCCAUGCCAGUGGGCGCUUUCAGUGAGAGUUCAUCAGAGAGUGAGGAGGAGGAGGAGCAGCCAGAGCGCCGUCCAGAGAGUAACACAGACCUGCCUUCUGAAUACUGGCAGAUCCAGAAACUGGUCAAGUACCUCAAGGGAGGUGACCAGACGGCCACUGUGCUCACUUUGUGCGCCAUGAUGGACUUUAAUUUGAUGCAGGAGACGUGCCAACUGGCCAUCCGGGAUGUAGGUGGCCUUGAAGUCCUCAUUAACUUGCUGGAUACAGAUGAAGUCAAAUGCAAAAUUGGAUCUCUGAAAAUCCUGAGAAAGAUAAGUCACAACGUGCAAAUCCGUCGAGCCAUAGUUGACAUGGGAGGCCUGCAGAGCAUCGUGAAGAUUCUGGACUCUCCAGUCAAGGACCUCAAGUCCUUAGCUGCUGAGACCGUUGCCAACGUGGCCAGGUUCCACAGAGCAAGGAGAACCGUCAGGCAAUAUGGGGGUAUCAAAAAACUGGUAAAGCUGUUGGACUGUGUCCCUAAUUUAGCCAACCUGACUGCAAACCAGGAGAAGGAUGUAGAGGUGGCUCGCUGUGGGGCUCUGGCACUAUGGAGCUGCAGCAAGAGUACCAAGAACAAGGAGGCCAUCCGUAAGGCAGGGGGUAUCCCUCUGCUGGGACGCCUGCUCAAGUCUCCACACGAGAACAUGCUUAUUCCUGUGGUGGGCACCCUGCAGGAGUGUGCCUCAGAGGAAAGCUACAGGAUUGCCAUUCAGACUGAGGGCAUGAUCAAGGAUUUGGUCAAAAACCUAAGUAGUGAUAAUGAUGAGCUACAGAUGCAUUGUGCCAGUGCAAUCUUCAAGUGUGCAGAGGACAAACAAACUCGUGACAUGGUGCGAAAGUACAAAGGUCUGCAGCCGCUGGUUUCACUGCUGAGCAAGGCGGACAACAAGCAGCUCCUGGCCGCUGCCACCGGAGCCAUCUGGAAGUGUUCCAUCAGUAUGGAGAAUGUGACUAAGUUUCAGGAGUACAAAGCCCUGGAGACCCUGGUUGGCCUGCUGACUGAUCAGCCUGAAGAAGUGCUGGUAAAUGUAGUGGGAGCCCUGGGAGAAUUUGCCCAGAUACCUGCUAACAAGGCCACCAUCCGCAAGUGUGGAGGCAUCAAGUCACUAGUUAACCUGCUCACUGGAACAAACCAGGCGCUGCUUGUGAAUGUAACCAAGGCAGUGGGAGCCUGUGCCACAGAUAUGGAUAACAUGGCAAUCAUUGACCAGCUUGAUGGAGUCCGCCUGGUGUGGUCCUUAUUGAAAAACCCCAGUGCAGAUGUUCAGUCCAGUGCUGCAUGGGCCCUUUGUCCAUGCAUUAAGAAUGCAAAGGAUGCAGGGGAAAUGGUGCGCUCCCUCGUCGGUGGAUUGGAACUGAUUGUUAAUUUGCUGAAGUCAAAAAACAACGAGGUGCUGGCAAGCAUUUGCGCCGCCAUCGCCAAGAUAGCCAAAGACAAGGAGAAUCUGGCAGUCCUUACUGAUCAUGGGGUUGUCCCAUUGCUAGCCAAGUUGACUAACACAACUGAUGACAGGCUCCGUCGCCACCUGGCUGAGGCCAUUGGCCACUGCUGCAUGUGGGGCAGCAACAGGGCGUCCUUCGGUGAUGCUGGAGCCGUGGCCCCCCUGGUGCGCUACCUCAAGUCAAAAGACAAGGCAGUCCACCAGAGCACAGCUAUGGCCCUCUACCAGCUGUCUAAGGACCCCAACAAUUGCAUCACCAUGCAUGGGAAAGGAGUGGUCAAGACAUGGAAACACAACACAGGCAGCCUCAUUGUUCAGUCUGGCCUCGGUCUCCGCCAGUCUGGGAGGGAGGCUGAUACUUACCUGCCUGACCCCGGAGGAAACAUUACAAGUCAAACUUCAGGAGUGAAAGUGCGCAGUGAGGCUGUGGGGGGCACAAAUUACAUCAAAUGGGAGGGAAGGAAUAGAAACCAAGCAGAGCAUCACAGCCCCUCAUCCACAUCAUGGGCUCUGAUGAUGAGAUGCUCCAGGAAGCUGCUGCUGGCUGUGUGCGCAACAUCCGACUACUGGCCCUGGCUAAUAGGAAGGCCCAAUUAUUUUAUUGACAAUCAAUGAUCACAGCACCCCUGGAAAACCAAUAGGGAAUGUACAAAAAUGAUUGGGGUGGGGAGGGGCGCUCAUUACCACUGUCACUAGAUAAGGGAGCGCGGCACAGGCAACACGACAAUAUGUUCACUUAGCCAGUUAGUAAACCAGGCUGGGUUGUGCUAUAUUAUGCGUUACCUUUGCAUGAAAAUGUAAUCUUUCUGUUGUUCUGUGUCAAUGUGAAGGCCACUGUUGGCUAGUAAAAAAAAAAAUGGUGUGCUCUUUAGAGAGAAAAUGUUAAAUCCCUACUAAUUGUAAUGAUCCACAUCUGCUGUUUCUCAAAACUGCAUAUGGCAGUGUGCAGUUUUCAUCCACGGCGCACACAAAAGGCUUGUUUUUGACAUAACUAUUAAAUCGUUUUUUCCAGUAAAUUUAGCAAGAAAAGAAUGAAAUAAUAUAUAAAAGUAAGGCAAGUAAUACAAUUAAAAUAAAAGACACUCCCUACUCUCCCAAAGCAAUCAGACUACCUUCCAUUCAGCAAAAAGAAAAAAUACACAACCCUCACCCUUUUCUGAUCCCACCCAGUAAUUUUUAUACACUUCAUUACCAGUACGAAUUGGCAGGCUGUGACAGAACUGGCAAUAUUUACCUUAGCAUCUGUCUUGUUUUACAUCUACUUCAGAGUUUCUUUCAAAUGUGUUUGAAAAUAGUUUCAAAUAAAAAGUAUGAGAAAAGUGUUACAAAUAUAAGUACCACAAGUGUUUCAAAUAUGCUGUAUCAAAUAGUUUCAAAUAAAAUGUUUUAUCUUGAUGGA